AUGCCACCAAAGAGGAUACGCACAGUUGAGGGCUCAUGUUGGGCCUGUAAACAACGCAGAGUGAAAUGCAGCCUUGAGAAGCCAGCUUGUAGGAAGUGCAUCAUCGGCGGGACGAAAUGCAGCUAUGACAAAAUCUUGAUCAAAUGGGACGCCAGACCGAGCAAAGGCUCGCCGGUCGGGAAUCAACUCUGCCUAUAUCACAAUUCGUUGCCCGGCAGCAGCGGAUACAACCUGGCCAUCAACGAACGGCGCGCCAUCGACUAUUUUCGUUCGCGAGUAUGGCCAUUGUUCUCGACAUCAGCUCAACCAUGCCCACCGCCCAUCGCUCUCGCCAUGGCGGACAGGUCGGUAUUGCUGGCGACAUGUGUUAUGGCCGACUCUCAUCGUGUGUUGUUCGACGGACGGCAUAGCAAAGAGAACGUCCACAAUAAGCGCAUGCAUUGCAUCACCACUGUACGAAAACAGCUUGCCGAUGCCGCAGACAGCAAGGGUAUGCCACUGUCGACUGUCCUUGUCGCGGUGCUGUUGAUGUAUUUUUCCGACGGGUUUGUCGAAUGCAGACAACCCGAUUCUUCGACGUUGAGCCACCAUGCCGGCGCGAGAGCCAUUAUCAAUUCUCUAGGUGGCUUUUCGGCGAUCAUGUCUGAUGGGGACACGUCUGUCAAGAUGUUACUUAGCGAGUUCGCUACCACAGACUUGACAAAUUCCUUACUGCACGGGACCCCGCCUUCGUUCCCAGCCCACACGUGGGGGAUUAUGGACACGAGCGCCGUGUGGUGGGAAAAGACACCUUCGGGCAUGGAAUCGUUUGCAUCCAUAUUUCAAAAACUGUCCGAGUUGGCGGCCUUCCAUGACCUCGUCUCGCUCGGCAAGCAGGAACUUUCCGUUCAGCGCAUCAAGGAAUUUGAAGCCGACCUACGACCCGGUUACGCUUCAAUCAGUCCGGUCGAGUUGACAGACAUCAAAGAAGAGGGAGAGGACCGGAAAUCGCUCGACCCGGACUUGGUACCGUCUGCAGCCCUCUUGCGCGCUUUUCAGCAUAGUGCCAAUCUAUAUCUCUAUCGCGCCGUAUGCGGAUUGCCGGCGAACCAUUACGUCGUGCAACAACAUGCACAGGCUUGCCUCGACUGUAUCAUGGGCAUGCCGCCACAGUCGAAGGCCCUGAACUGCGCACUUUUCCCGCUUCUUGUCUCGGGCGCGCAUGCUUUCACCGAUACGAGUCGACAGGCAAUCCUACAAAAGUUGGAUGUCGUGUACAGCAACCUCAAGUUCAACGCCGUCAAGUCGAUACGAUCGGCAUUAGAGGACUUGUGGAAGUCAUCCAGACAAGGAGGAUCUUGGUUUGAUAUGUUCAUACGUCUCGAUGCACAGGCUUUGGUUCUGUAG